AACCUCAACCUCUGAGAUUUGAUCUCUCUCUUGAUGUUCCUUCUUAUUACACGCCAACAGAGUGCCUGACCCAGAUCUCCUCUGGGCUGCUCUUUCUUUCACUCUACGCGUUUUCUCGUUGUUUGAUUCCAUUCAUUCACUCACAUUCCCAGUCUUGGCUAAAGGGCUUCUGAAUCUGAAUUUACCGUUGUUUACUUGGGAUACUGAAGAACAUAACAGCUUCAGACCAGUAAGAUCUGCAGUGAUCUAACUAAUAGUCAACAGAGUCAGCUAGUUUAAAGAUCUAUUAAGUAGGUAAAACAAUGAGAGGAAGACCAUAUGGUGCACAGAAGAAGCGUUUGAUAACUUCUGUCUAUGUUCUAGCUGUCUUUCUUGGGUUUAUUUACUUCUGCUAUGGAUCCGUUUUUGGUUCUCAAGGUCGUGGUGCAUCUGCUCUAGAAUAUGGAAGCAAAUCCUUGCGGAAACUUGGCUCGUCUUAUUUGGGCGGGGAUAUGAUUCAGACAAAGAGGAUGAAACUAGAUUUGGUCUGGAAGAUGGAGAGAAUGAUAGUGUCCCAAAAAGCUUCCCAGUUUGUGAUUAUCAGCAUUCAGAACUGAUUCCAUGCUUAGACCGAAAUCUUAUAUAUCAGAUGAGACUGAAGCUGGACUUGUCUGUAAUGGAUCAUUAUGAACGUCAUUGUCCUCCUCCCGAAAGAAGGUUCAAUUGCUUGAUUCUUCCUCCACCAGGGUACAAGAUCCCCAUCAAGUGGCCAAAAAGUAGGGAUGAAGUGUGGAAAGCAAACAUUCCUCAUACUCAUCUUGCACAUGAAAAGUCUUAUCAGAACUUAAUAGUUGUAAAAGGUGAUAAGAUAGUAUUUCCUGGCGGAGGCACUCAUUUCCACUAUGGAGCUGACAAAUACAUUGCUUCUAUUGCAAAUAUGCUAAACUUUUCCAAUAAUGUACUGAAUGAUGAUGGAAAUGUAAGAACUGUUCUGGAUGUUGGCUGUGGAGUUGCAAGUUUUGGGGGUUACCUUUUAUCAUCCAACAUUAUCGCAAUGUCCUUGGCUCCAAACGAUGUUCAUCAAAACCAAAUACAGUUUGCCCUAGAGAGAGGUAUUCCUUCCUAUCUUGGUGUUCUUGGGACUAAGAGGCUUCCAUAUCCGAGCAGAUCUUUCGAGUUCUCCCAUUUUUCCCGUUGUAGAAUUGAUUGGCUUCAGAGGGAUGGUAUUCUUCUUCUUGAACUCGAUCGGGUACUCAGACCAGGAGGUUAUUUUGCAUAUUCAUCACCCGAGGCAUAUGCACAAGAUGAAGAAGAUCUUAGAAUAUGGAGAGAAAUGAGUGCCCUUGCCGAAAGAAUGUGCUGGAGAAUAGUUGCGAAAAGAAACCAAACGAUUAUUUGGCAUAAACCUCUUACGAAUGACUGUUACAUGAAAAGAGAACCUGGUACCCAACCUCCUCUCUGUCGUUCUGAUGAUGAUCCUGAUGCAGUUUGGGGUGUGCAAAUGGAAGCUUGCAUUUCACCUUAUUCUAAGUACGACCACAGAGUGAAGGGCAGUGCACUAGCUCCUUGGCCAGCUAGAUUGACUACCCCACUACCAACACUAGCCAAUUUUGGUUAUUCAAAUGAUAUGUUUGAAAAGGACGUGGAACUCUGGAGACGGAGGGUGGAGAGCUACUUGAAUAUCUUGGGCCCGAACAUUCAGUCAGAUACCAUAAGGAAUGUAAUGGACAUGAAAGCAAACUUGGGGUCUUUUGCUGCUGCACUUUUUAAGAACAAGGAUGUAUGGGUUAUGAACGUUGUCCUAGAAGAUGGACCAAAUACAUUGAAGGUGGUAUACGACAGGGGGAUGAUAGGCACCAUCCACAGCUGUGCAGAAGAUCUUCUGUUGGAGAUGGAACGUGUGAUAAGACCCAGUGGUUUCAUUAUCAUACAUGACAAGCAAGUGGUGAUAGAUUACGUGAAGAAGUAUCUGGUGGCAUUGCACUGA